UUAAGUCGUGCUUUUUUUAAGAUUACAAGAUACAUAACGUUAUAUAACCCCAACAACGAGUGGAGUGUAUAUUUCUUGGUUUGCUCCCUCUCACGUUGCCCCAUAUCCACGGUCAGGUUUCUGAGACGUGGAGAGCUUACAGGCCCCCUCCUAAGGUCAGCCGAGUGACUUGGUUGGACAUGAAUACGAUACACACAUCUUCUUGGUCAUCAUCAUCAUCAUCAUCAUCAUCAUCAUCAUCAUCAUCAUCAUCUCUUUCUGUCUCAGUCUACUGUGCUCUAGUUCCAGACUUCCAGAGAUUAAACCCCAAGAGAGACUUGUUAGCUUCAAAACAAAAUGGGAUUUGUAGUUGUGAUUUCAGCGCCGGUGAUACUGUUAAUAUUGGUUUUAGCUCUUGCUUUUUACCUCCUUGGAAGGGCAUCUGGCCGAAGGGAAUCACCUUCUGCUCCACAAUAUUUUGGACCUCCGGUCCCUCCAACCCAAGAGAAGUCCGCCAAGGUCUAGAAGUAAAAUACUCGCUUCUUCUGUUAUGAUAUCAGAAGUCAUUUCACUUUUUGAACGAGUCACACUUUGAUAUGUGUGUAUAAAUUUCUGUUUGUUCUUAUUUAUAAUGAGUGUACAUAUUUAUAUGUGUACAUCUAUAUAUGAGUGUACAAUUUGAUA